CGUAUUCGGGGGAGAGUCGUCAGCGAGUGGUGAACGCAUCGCGCUGUUUGUUAUUUAGAAGCUUCUGUAAAUAACUGAGCCACUACAACAGUUCUUUUUGAGAAGAUCACCUGCAUAAAACUGGAGGCAAUCGCCAUGGAGGUUGGCGAAGACAUGUACCCCAAGAUAAAAACAAAUCUCUCACGGGUGCAAAUAUACGAGAGGCGUGACCUGCAAGAGAAAGCGUUGGCGUGCAUACCCGUUUCAGAUCUUACACGCAGAGCACAGCUCACGAUGCUUAACUACUCAUCUCGCAAUACCCCUGCCAAAGAGAAGCGCGACCCAGGGUUCAGAGACUUUUUAUUAAUGGAACUGUUGCAUUGGUUUAAGGAGUCCUUCUUUUCUUGGGUGGAUACACUAAAGUGCAGCCGUUGCGGUGGCACCACAACAAAUGCUGGACCUGGAGAGCCUACUGCUGACGAAAUAGCCGGCGGGGCGUCGCGUGUGGAACUACACAGCUGUUCAAAAUGCGGGACCCACGAAAGGUUUCCUCGGUUUAACCACCCUGCUAAGCUGCUGGAAACGCGGAGGGGGCGUUGUGGAGAAUGGGCCAACUGCUUUACAUUUUUUGCCAGGUCGCUGGCCUUUGAUGCUCGGUAUGUGCUCGACUGGACUGAUCAUGUUUGGACUGAAGUCUACUCAGACAGCCAACAGCGCUGGCUUCACUGUGACUCAUGCGAAGCUCUCUGUGACACGCCCCUCGUUUAUGAGGCGGGUUGGGGAAAGAAGCUCUCCUACAUUCUUGCCUUCUCCAAGGAUGAAGUACAGGACGUCACUUGGCGCUACACGUCAAACUUUGAAGCUGUUCGAGCGAGGCGCACAACUUACUCAGAAAUGGAACUCAUUCAGCUUAUGCUUGCACUGACCCGGCAAUGUCAAGAGACAUACAAUCAGAAACGCAAGGAAGAGUUGAUGCUGAGAAGAGUGCUGGAGCUGGCAGAGUUCCUGACACCUAGGAAAGCAACUGAGAAUGAAUUGCAGGGAAGAUUGUCAGGGGCUUUGGCAUGGCGCCAACAAAGGGGAGAGCUUGGAAACUGGGUGCCCUUUUCAUACAAGCCAAUCAGCUGCAAGUGCAGAAACAUUAUUUUCAAGUACUCAUCAGCAAUGGACAAGUACUCCAUCUGGGAGGAUGGUGUGGAAACGAACCAGAUUUCAGGCUGGGAAAAAGGAGCCUUCAGUAUCGAGAAGAUGUUUAGGAAGGUAGAACAAGACUGGAAGAUGAGCUACUUGGCAAGACAGGAGGGCUCUCCAGAAGGGUCGCUGUCUUGGAGGCUUGAGCUCUUGCCUGGAAGGACGCUGGAGAGGCUGGACUUGACGUGUGUGGGAACCACGUAUGAGAAUGGAUCAGUCAACUGGUCCGUGUCCACAGACGAGGAAAAUAUUCCCAUUGAGGGCUCCAAUGGAGUACAUUCUAUAACAUCGCUGAAGACAGCGAAGUUUGUGUGUUUGAAAGCAGUAGUCACUGGUGGCCAAGGAACCAAUGCCUGGCAACAUGCACAGUUGUGCAGGGAAUCAUUAGACAACCAACACUACAGUUUAGAGAUGGCUGUGACACUUUCAGACUGAAGAGACAGAACUCUACACCAAGUGUCUUCAAUUUCCAAAGCAUAUAUGAAUAACUCCUCAGGAGUUAAGAGGUGCUCAAAUUAGAAACCAAAUUGUGUUUACUGGGCUGAAUCAAAAUCUUAUGUUUGUUGUACUUAGGCUUUUACACCAUGAGCACAAUCUCUAUCAGUGGAACACCAUGAGUGGAAUAUCUAAUGCACUUGCACUGCAUCAAGUCGUGUCAUUAAACAUGCAUUUUUAUAGCAGUUCGAGAAAAUUGCUGCACAAAUAAAAGUUUUAAUCCUCAAAA